AUGGCUCCCAAACCCAAAGGGAAGGCGCUCCUCUGCGAGCAGCUGGAGGAGUUGAAGAAGAAGAAGGCGGACGCCAAGAAAGCGGUGAAGGAAGCCUCCAAGGAUGAGAAGAACGCUAUCAAGAAGCGGAACCGGCUUCUGAAGGCAGCCAAACACCUGUCCUCUGGCGACCUGCAGCUGCUUCUCGAUGCAAAGGCAGCCUCCACCUCCGCAAGUGCCAAGACUGACUCAAAGGAUACUGAGCACAAGGAAGAUCAGGAGGACAAGAAGGAAGAUCAGCAGGACAAGGAGGUGGCCAGCAAGGAAGAUCAGCAGGACAAGGAGGAGAAGGGGCGAGACUGCGAUUUGUCCAACUUUCCAGCAAUGGGUGGCGCCCGAAACCCUGAACGUGAAGCUCAGGUCAGGGCCUUGAACCGGGUUGCCCACGCAGCUGGUGUUGCAACCUUGCCGGAGAAUGCCAGUCGUGCAAAGGUAGGGAAAUUGGCAGAGGACCUGUGUCUCUUGGCUCUCACGCAGCAACAGCGAAGACAAGUCAAUCAUGCUAUUGCAGCCUUCAGAGCCACUUUCUCUGCUGCCAAUGUGGAAGCCAGAGAUACUGGCGCUCCAGCGCCUGCGCAAGGCAAGGUGUGGAAGUUCUCAGCCGUGCAGCUCACCUACAACUCGAGUCACAGCGACUUCAUGGCGCUUGAUCACGGCGUACUCGAGAACUUGUUUGGCCGGUUUGUCGCCUACCUUGGCCGCCUGGCUGCCCAGAUUUCAGCAGAAGGUGUCUCGGCCACCAUGGAGCGUGCGUCACCAGAACGAGUCCAUCUGCACGCUGAUCUUCAUCUAUCAACUGCCUUCCAUCGGCGUGGUCAGGAUGCCCUCAACAUCUUUGCCUUCGAAGACGUGCGGCCACAUGUGACACCAAAUACCGCGUCCGGCAAGACAUACACAGGUGCUUUGCGAUUUGGUCAUUUUUAUGUCGUCGCCGACAAACUUGGAACUCUGCGCCUGGGCAGUAGAUGCUUAGAGGCUUAUAGAGCAGCUUGGAGACUUGGAACAAACUGCGGCUUAAAGUUCUAG